AUGAAAUUUUUCACUGCUGCCGCCACUGCUUUAUUAUUCUCCGCUCAAGCCUUAGCUGGUAUCACCCAAUACACUUUAUCCAUCGAAGCCGAUGACGAAAGAGUUAAUGGUAAGGGUAUCACAUUCAAACAUGAAGGUGCUGGUAUCAACUAUGCCUUCGUCAGUGACAGUUCUGCCAAAUUCAGCUAUGAUGAUGAAUCCAAACAUUUGUUCUACCCAAUUAACUCUCAAAUUAGCUACAACCUUGGUACUGAGGGAGACAUUGUUCAAUUUUCAGUCACUACUCCAUCUUCUGUUGAAAUCGGUGAUGAUGGUGCUUUGAAAUUUGAAGGUUCUGAUGAGCUUUUCGCCGCUGUCAGUAUUAAUGAUCCAUACCACUAUUCUGACAAAGACUUUGCUAUUAUUGUCAAAGGUAAGAACCAUGCUAUUCCAAUCAAGCUUGUUGCUAAAAAAGCUUAG